AUGGAAGACCACCAUAGCGCCGCCGCGAAGGUCCGCGUGAACGGCGCGCCGGCCGAGGCGACGCUCUCCACUGGUGCCGGCGUCGGCGGCCCCGAGCUCCGGUGGCGCUACUGCGCUGGCCCCGCGGCGGAGAGGAGCCUCUCGCUGGAGGCCGACGUGCUCGGCGUCGAGGCGAACGGGAAGGAGGUCGUCGUCAGGGCCUUCGUGGCGGCAGGGAAGAGGCGCAGGAGGAGAGACUACGUGUUCGAGAUGGCCGACGGCGAAGGCGCGGCCGCGGCGUGGGGCGAGAAGCUCCGACGCUGCUUGGACUCGUUCGGCCGGCCGAAGAGAUUGUUCGUCUUGGUCAACCCUUUCGGCGGCAAGAGAUGCGCGAGCAAGAUCUACGAGGCAGAGAUCAAGCCCAUGCUCGAAGCUGCCGGUGUCGACGUCACAAUGCAAGAGACCCAGCACGGGGGGCAUGCCCGGGAGUUGGCCACUUCUCUUGACCUUGCGAGAUACGACGGGAUCGUCUGCGUUAGUGGUGACGGUGUCCUCGUGGAGGUAGUGAACGGAAUUCUGCAGCGAACGGACUGGGAGGAAGCAAUAAAAAUGCCGAUCGGGAUCAUUCCAGCUGGUACAGGGAAUGGCAUGGCUAAAUCACUCCUGCAUGCUGCAAACCAGACAUGCUCAAUUUCAGAAGCUUUAUUCGCCAUUAUCAGAGGUCAUAAGCAGGCCUUGGAUGUCUGCACCUUAGUGCAAGGGCAGAAGAAAAUUUUCAGUGUGCUGUCAGUUACCUGGGGUUUGGUGGCCGAUAUCGACAUCGAGUCCGAGAAAUACAGGUGGAUGGGGAGCGCGCGCUUUGACUUUUAUGCUCUGGUUCGCAUAAUGAAUCUGCGACGAUACUGCGGAACCAUCCAUUUCGUGCCUGCCCCGGGCUACGAGGCGUACGGGGAGCCUGCCAAGCAAGUCGAGAGUUCCAUCGUGGAAUGUCUGGAGCAGAAUGGGGAACCUCAGGUGUGUUCUUAUCAAGGUCCUUCAGCUGAGUUACAAGGUUCAUACUGGAGAUCCAUUGAUGGCCCGUUUGUGGCCGUGUGCCUCAACAACGUGCCAUGGGCUACUGAGAGUGUCAUGGCAGCUCCUGAAGCCAAGUUCUCAGAUGGAUAUAUGGACGCAGUCAUAAUCAGAGAUUGUCCAAAGGCUGAUCUUUUAGCUCUGAUGCUAAAGAUGAGCGAUGGGAGCUAUGUGAAGUCGAAAUAUGUUACAUAUCUCAAGGUGAGAUCUUUUCGGUUAUCACCAGGACAGCUUGUGGAGAAUCCCAAAAGGGGUGGCAUCAUAGACGUGGAUGGCGAGGUGAUUGCCAGAGGAGAAGAAGCGUAUGGCAGAAACAAGAAUCAAGAUGUGAUGGCGUAUGGUCCUUCUGUUCAAAUGACAGUGCACCAGGGCUUGGCCACUGUAUAUUGUCCCAAAUGAUUUCCGAUCUAUGUCGAUUUCUUUAUUUGUUUUCAAAAAUUUAAAAGUAGUCCACUGAAUUACAAACAAGGGCAGCUCAAAGAAAAUGUUUCAAUCUCUG